UGUUGUACGUAGUGAACUUAAACGCACCACGGGUGGAUUUCGGGAGUCGGGACGGUGUAGUUCCCCCAGACCUCCUGAUGUGGGUUCUCGGUGUGGGACGUCUUCCUUCAACCAAAGACUCUUCUGUGCUCUCCUUGUUGGUGAACCUGUGACUCCAUCACGAUGUUGCGCUUCCUUUUCUUCCUACUUCCACACGCAGGAUUGCCCGUGAGCGCCUGUGGCAUCAUGUUCACUCCUCCCAAAGUUGUGGUGAGAUAUGGAGAUCCUGUAGAUGCCAACUGUACCUCAUUGUCCUGUCACAAUGUGACGGGAAUGGGUUGGGAGUCUCCAUACGGAGCAGUGCGCCUCACUAAGAAUGUCUCUUCGUUACCUUAUAAAAUUGACAAAGUGAAGGACUGGGAGAUAACAUCACACUGUUACAUCUCUUUUUCUGAUAAUCAAUCUCAACGCCACGAAAUCCUACCAAUCACUGUCUACAAAAUGCCAGCGAACGUGUCCGUCACUAAUCCACCUGAACACCUGCUGGAGGGGGUGACGUAUUUCCUGAAGUGUGAUGUUAGGGAUGUUGCACCAGCUCAAAACCUCUCUGUAUUUUGGCUUGGAAAAAAAGGGGAAUUAAAGAAAGAGACAUUUUCUGAAGACUCCUUUACUCCGCUCGAUGUUGCAUCAUCCUUAGACCUUACUCCUCGCAGAGAUGAUCAUGGAAGUGAGAUCAGGUGUGAAGCCAGGCUGGACGUGUUCCCAGAUGGUGGUGCUCCUCUCACGAUGCAAUCACAACCACUUGUGUUAAAUGUACUCUACCCCCCAAACUUCCUUCGGCCUGAAAAUGAGACCCUGGAAAGGUCUCAUUCCAGUAUGACGUUUGACUGCACAGCUGCUGGAAACCCUAAACCAGUUUAUAACUGGAGUUUUGCAAGUUCCACACAUCCAGAGGAGCAGAUCAAAAAUAUGAACAAGGCUGCUUUGUCUCCAGAGUUGGUGCUUUCGGGGACCUACAGCUGCACAGCCUCUAACACGCUCGGCAGUAAAACCAAAUAUUUCAUCAUCACCGAAGCUGAAGGGAAUAGAACUGUCUUUGUAGCCAUACUGGCAGGAUUUAUCUUCCUGGGCGCCGUGCUCUUCUUGGCUGGACUUCAUUUUGUUACACCGGAUGGAAAAAAACUGUGUUUGGAGAAACACCGGUUAGAUGUUGUUGAUCUGCUCUGCUACAGCUUUCAGGACCUACUCGUAUUAAUACCUGCAGUAAUUCCAACUCAGGGUUUUCUAGCAACAAAUUUAUAUCCAUUUCUCACAAAGACAUCGCAGCACGAAGGUCGCAGAUGUUAUCCUGAAACAUGUUUGUCCACAGAACGUGUUGAGGCAUAUUUAAAGCUGCAAGCGAUGCGCUGUGCUGCAUUCUGGUCACAGUGUGAGCCUCACAAGCUGCAUGCAGCACCAGAGCAGCGCUCCAGCCUGCUGGGGUCCAGCAGCGUGGAGGCCAGAGGCAGGAUGAAACAAGCUGCAAAGCAAAGAGAUCCAUCCUCCCCUCCAUCCCCUAAGUCAGCUGGGAGGGAACCGUGUUUUGUUCCACGUUCCCUGCAGAGUUGCCAAGGUUGUUCAAGUUGGAAUUUUCUUUCUUUCGACGGCUCGGUGCUAAACAAAUACCAUGGGAAAGAACGUUCUAGCGUGGAUUAUCAUUUCCUGCCUGCUUUGUUCAGGCUUGAUCUGAACAUGUCAGGUGAAGGUUGCUCCCUCAUUCUCAAGCCCUCCAGGGUGGUGGUGGGGUUUGGGGAGUCGGUGUCGGUCAGCUGUGAAGCUACACGCCCGGUUCGGGUCCUGGGCUGGGAAUCGGCCAUCGGAACGCCACACACACAGGAGGACCAGUCUGUCCAGUGGAAAGUGGACAGUCUUAUCGACUGGAUCGAGGAACCCAUCUGCUAUGGGGUGUUUUUCAAAGCUCCGAGACAGUGUGAGGAGAAACUCAACCUCGUUCUCUAUAAAUCUCCCGACAGUGUUUCCAUCAGGUUGGUGAACCACACCGGCCCCAUGAUGGAGGGGAAGGAGUACCAGCUCCUCUGUGAGGUUCAGAACGUUGCUCCUGUUCAGUAUCUCACCCUGAGGUGGUACAGAGGUCAGACAGAGGUGUACAAACACUCCUUCUCUGACCUCACAUCUUCCUCUCCUGUCCAAGUGUCUUCUACUCUUGUCAUCACACCAACCAAAGCUGAGAACGAGGCAGAGUAUAAGUGUGUAGCAGAACUGGAGCUUGGACCAGAAGGACCUCAACCACCUCCAACAGUGUCUUCAGAACCUCUCACUGCCUAUGUCCUCUUUCCCCCAACUUUUUUCAGUCCUGAAACAGAAGUUUUAGAACUUACCGAGGGUGAUGGGAUCACCCUAAACUGCACAGCUGCAGGAAACCCUGCUCCUGCCUACAGCUGGCAAUCCUCCCAUCCCAUAGAGGAGCGGGUGAAGGAGGAAGCAGUCAUCACCUCCUCCUCCCUUCUCCCUGGGACAUACACCUGUGCUGCCUCAAACACGCUGGAAAAGAAGAGCAAACAGUUCAUUGUCAAAGCAAAGACCAAAGGUGUUUAAGGCCCACUAACAGGACUUGAAUCAGCUGGAAGAAUUUCACUGAGCAGGUUUUAUUGCUGCUGCCUCAUGAGAUGGAAGCAUUCAGUAAUCAGUGGAUGUUUUGAUGUAUUCUGUUAUCAUACAGAGUUAGAUCUCACAAAGAAGACAAAUGAAGAUGUUUAGCAAACGCCAUUUAUUAUGUGAAGGUUGAUUUUUGUCGUAGUCUACUGUUGUUGUUUUAUGUAAUAAAAUUUCCCUUAUUAUAUAUGUACUAGAAUAUUUUUAAUGAUCUAAUAAGUAAAUAAAAUCAUAAUUUGACAAAGUAUAACUACCCUUGAUACUCCAAUGACUAACAAUGUGAAGUUACUGUAAAUAUGAACUGUUUCUAAAUGUUCUUAUCUUUAUAAAUAAAGUUAAAUAAACAAAAAAU